UUUCAUCUCAGUAAGCCAGUCAAAUGUUUAGUUUUUGCUGACGUUCACGUCAAUUUCAGUCAUUACCCACACUCCUCUGUCAUAACAUCAACACAAACAACGAUAGAAUCAAAACAAGUUGAAAUUGAUCAUGGAUAACUUAAGAGAACAUGUCAUGGUGAAUCAUUUUGUCUCAGCUACGGGUUGUCACGCAGAACAAGCUAAGCAAUGUCUGGCAGCAUCCAAUUGGCAGUUUCAGACUGCCUUAAGUUUAUUUUUUCAAGAAUCAUCAAUACCAACAUGUCGAACGUGCAAUGGAAAUCACACACAGAACGCCAACUAUCCAUUAUGUGCACCUGCCAAUACUCCAGCUACACCUCCAAAUUUCCCAGAUGCAUUAUUGGCAUUGUCUAAAUUAUCAACCAGUUCUUCGCAGUAUGCCACAUCGCCUAAGCAAGUUGCCAAUUCACCAAAAGGAAUUGAAAUGGAAGUUCAGCGAUAAAUCAGAUUUUUUUGUCAUUGCCGGUCCUGAGGAAAAUAUAAUGGAUGAAACGUUUAUUGUGCAUAUAAUAAUAUGAUGACAGUAAACAUUCUUGUGAAAACAAUAUGUGAUGACCAGAGAUAGAAAAGUUGGAUAGAUAUGAUUCAUUGCAAAUUUUUUCCUCCUAGAAGUCACAAUCCUGUUUGAAUGUUGUUUAUCAAAGUGCUUUAUUGUCUUAGUUUUGGGUGUUUGUGGCCAUUAUGAUAAGGAUAUUGAUCUCUUAUAUGGCUGUCCUGUAGUAGAGGCCAAGAAUUUUGUUGCUUGACUUGAGAUGCUAUAGUUUUUUUUGUAUUUUGUUAUUUUAGAUCUACAUGUCUUUCUAUCAUCCCAAAAGAUUUAUGUAGAGAGAUAGACAAUUUACCAUUAAUAAUUAAGUAUACUUUGAAUUUUUUUUUAGUUGAGAAUUUUGCUAAUGCAAACGAUCAAAGAACAACAACUAUAAAAAGACAAUGGCUGGGUUUUUUUUUUGUUCUUUUUUUUGUAUAUAUUAUGGAGAAGAGUUAUAAAAAAGUAGUGCUCAUAUUUUAUAACUAGGCAUAUUGCUUCUAAAAAAAACACUCUCUUCAAAUACUGCCACAAAAAGAAGCAUCAUUAUGUUGUAAUAAUGAAUUAUUCAACUUAUAGUCAAAUAUCAUAGUUUUGUAAGCUAAUUUUGUUAAUAUUUGAUAUUGUCUCUUCUUCAUCUUUUAAUGUAACUAUCUACCACAUUUUCUUCUGAAAAUAGUUGCAUUUUCCAUCCCCCACUAUUUUUACACAUUUUGCGUAAAUAUGACAUUUUGUAUAUAUACAUACUUUUUUUUGUACAGUUAUAGUAUUGUAAUAGUUGUGAGAUAUUAAUCUUGCAGCUCAAGUUCCAGGUAAAUAAAUUGUUGAAUAAAGUCUUACUCAGGAACUUGAUAAGAAAAACAAA